CUCCAAGAUCAUGAUGGACAGUUAAAGCCUGUAAGCUUUUGUUCCAGAACACUCACUGAUGCAGAACAACGAUAUGCCCAAAUAGAAAAGGAGUGUCUUGCAGCGGUCUGGGCAUGUGAGAAAUUCACCAGAUACCUUUACGGACUGGACUCUUUUACCUUGCAAAGUGACCACAAACCACUAAUACCUCUCAUAAACAGUAAAGAUCUUAAUUCAGUGCCAAUCAGAUGUCAGAGACUUUUGUUGAGAAUGAUGCGUUACAACCCCACUGCUGUUUAUGUGCCAGGGAAAGAACUCAUAGUUGCGGAUGCCCUUUCACGUCACCCACAAGGAACCUCAUCCCARGAAGUUGCAGAACUGUUGGAGGAAAUAGAAGCAAGUGAAGAAGAAAUGCAACGCUCUUGGCCUAUUUCUCCUACCAAGUUGGAUUUAAUUAAACAACACACACGGCAGGAUACAACUCUACAAACAAUCCAAACCUYUUUGCAGACAGGCUGGCCUAAAAAUAUAACUAAGCUGUCAGAAAAGGUGAGGUCAUUUUACACCAACAGACAUUCUCUUACUGUGUCUAAUGAUCUUGUKCUGUAUAAUGACAGAAUUGUCAUACCACAACAGCUUAGACCCGAGAUCCUACAGCGCAUUCACRAUGGACAUCAAGGCAUAGUGAAAUGCAGAGAAAGAGCCAAAUGUAGUGUAUGGUGGCCAGGACUAAGCAGUGAAAUAAAACAAAUGGUUACUGCUUGUGCACACUGCCAAGAGACAAAACCCAAUCAGAGAAGAGAACCAUUGCUUGCUACCACACUGCCUAGUCGACCGUGGGAGAGAAUAGCCGCUGACAUUUGUGAACUGAACAAACAAAACUACCUCGUUGUAAUAGACUACUUCUCUCGUUACAUCGAGUUAGCCCACCUCAAAAACAUGUCAAGCGAAACCACAGUUGCUAACCUGAAAAAMAUUUGUGCAAGAUGGGGCUGCCCAAAUGAACUGGUUACAGACAAUGGCCCACAAUUCUCUGGGAGAAUWUUUGAACAGUUUGUAAAAGACUAUGAUAUUAAACAUAUUACCACAAGUCCUCAUUAUCCACAAGCGAAUGGUGAGGCUGAAAGAGCCGUCCAGACAGCCAAAAAGAUUCUGAGACAGACUGACCCUUUCUUGGCACUCAUGAUUUACAGAUCAACUCCCAUUCAAGCAACUGGUGUGAGCCCGGCCCAACUCAUGCUGGGAAGACAAAUCAGAACAACGAUACCRAUCUUGGAAGAAAAGUURCAGCCUGAGUGGCCGGACCUUCAGCUCGUCAGGUUGACUGAUGCAAGGACAAAAACGAACUAUGUGCGUAACUACAACAA